UUGGAGCCUCCGUUCGGCUUCUUUUCAACAACGCCCUCCUUUCUUCGAUGAUGCUAUACCGAAGAUCGUCUCUACAUCUUGAACCCCGCUUAGGGUUUUGAAUAGUAUUUGGUGGUUGUCUUUCUCUUGAAGUUUGCUCCAUGUUACCACUUUCCUGUUUAAAUUUUUUCGUCAAAACAUUGCUCAUCGAAAUGCGUCUGUCUAGUCUUAUAUCCUAUGCACUUGCACCACUUCUCACUUCUGCCACCAUUCUUCAGAAUGGCCAGGUCCGAGACGUAGUUUUUCCUGACACGAGCAUAGCAUCUGUAGCCGGCGGCUCGAAUUGGACUUCAUUCCCUCCUAAUGCAACUGGACUUUCAUACAAGGGUCGUUGGGAUUACAAGUACAUAUCUUGGUGGUCAGCUCCAGGUCUCAAAUUUGGCUUCACUGGCGACAAAGUAGCCAUCAGCUUUGGCCAAUACACUUCUCAAGGUGUACUGAUCGCAUACCGUUUCGCUGGUCAAGACUGGUUAUUCACGAAUGUGACUGCAAACUCGACACAUCAGCUCAUUGAUGCAUCGACUGUUGGCUUCAAUCUUACGACUCAGGCUCAGAGACCACAGACAUUCGAGCUUCGGGUCACAAACUAUGCUUAUGGUGUUCAAAUCGCUGGCAUACACCUUAGCAAUCACGGCAAGCUCGUCAAUAUACCCGACUAUUCCAAAAAGAUUGAGAUUAUCGGCGAUAGUCUGUCAGCAGGUCAAUACGGUACUUAUGAGGGAAUCUCAAGUUAUGCCUGGGGUCUAGCCGAAGGUCUCGGAAAUGUCGAGUUUGAUAUCACAGCCUAUCCUGGAAUCUGUCUUGUGGACCAAAACUGUUGGGGCAAUGCUCAUGGACAGACUUACCAAUGGUUCAGAGCUUCAGACACCUCCCAUCGCUCCGAGGUCAUCUAUGGCGAUAAUCCGCCACUUUGGAACUUCGAGCAUCACCAACAAUCCGAUAUUGUGGUCAUCAAUCUUGGUACCAACGACAACAAUACUCACAACAAUGUCACCAACGAGAAGUACUUGAGCAGUUACAUUGACUUUGUGGGCCAAGUUCACGACAAGUAUCCUAGAGCUCAGAUCAUCCUGAUUGCACUCUGGAAUGGAUUCGACCAAGUCGGCAAUACAUGGAAACAAGGCGGUGCUUUUAUCGACGAGAUACAGCAGGUGUAUGCUCAUUACAAGCAUGCCGGAUAUGUGCACUAUUUCAAUACUACUGGCAUAUUGCAGCAUAACGACAUCGGACCGCAAUACCAUCCUACUGAUGUGGGACAUGUCAAGCUUGCAAGUCAUCUGAUGCAAUAUAUCAAGUUGAAGUUUGACUGGGUUUUUGGAGCCACUGGACCCGAGGUACAAGCAGACACGCUUUACUGGAACGAUGAGCCAAAUUACUAAGCGCCCUUGCUUCUCUAGAUCAUGGGUUCUUGAGUCGACAUCGAUCUGAUGAUUAGCACUUACUAUCCAACAGCCUGAAAUCGACCAUACUGGUAGUCACAUUUGUACAGAAGAGUGCCAAGACCAGCAGGGUAUCUGACUUAUGAAACAAUCUACCUUUAUAUACCGCUCAAUCUCCCAAUUUCCCUGUAGAAGUUCUGAGCCUAUCAGAUCCUUUCUU